CUAUCAUAAGGAUCAGUAGCAGCACAUUGCCAAACUCAUCCUCCUUCAUCACAAAGGAACAUCUUUUUCUUUUAUUUAUUAAUUUGCAUGCAACACAGUCGUCUUCAUCCUUCCUUUGGCUUUUUUCUCCUUUCACUCCCUACUUUAUCGUCACCACCUUUUCUUGGCACCCUUCUCUCUCCAAUGGCUACUUUUAUUCCAGUUCAUAAGUCUUUUGAGAACCGCCAAUGCAGGAGCCGCUUUGAAAAUCUACCCGUCGCCUCUCCUCCUAAACCUAGGAAACACAUCUCAGCAUAAUGGCCGGAGCAUCCUCCAAAUGCCUCUUCUUGUUCCCCUUGUCUCUUCUCAUCUUUUGUUCUUCUGGAACUCCAGUGGGUUUAUCUAAGCACGCAAACAUAAAGACUGCAGAUUCAUUAAGUAUUAAAACUUCAACAUUUUUUGGGCUAAAAAAGGUUGCUCCAUCACAGAUCGAGGUAUUUGCUGCUGAUAACCAAGAUUUAAGUUUUCUCACCAACUUUGGUGGAUCAGUCCACCUCUUCCUAAAUGUCGACCAAAUGAAGAAUGUUUUGCAUUCUGAACCAUCUGCUGUUUCAUUGCUCAAACUCAAAGCCCAAACUCUGGCCUCUCAUCCUCAAGCAAGAUUGGAAGGCAUAAUACUGGGUUUUGGAUAUCAGAAUGUGGGUCCAACUGAGCUGCGCAAGAUCUCGUCCACCUUAGAAUUGGUCAAUGGUGUCAUGAACAGUGAGAAAAAGAUGAAGGUUUCUGUGGGGUUUCCUCUGGCUUUCUUAGAGAAAUUGGGAAAGGAUGAUUCAGAAGAGCCGCGUAGGUUAUUCAGUUCCAUUGAGAAGUUGGUGCCGAUGGUAAUCAUCGAAGACAACAUCACAAGUGAACCAGGCAACAGAGAUAAGGUUGUUCGCUCUGUCAUUCAUAGAGCUCUUUUAUCCUGUUCACGUUUUUCACCUAAUCAUAUUCCUCUGGUCUUGCCCCUCAAAACACCAGUUUUCCGUAGUACAGCAGAAGCGGCUCUGUUGAUUAAUAGCGUCUUGAAAUCAUUAGAAAGCAAUGCUCAGAUCAAACCUGGCCGGAUAGUAGAACUCUAUACAGAUGCAUCAGACAUGCAUGAACUCAGGUAUCAAGAUGUUCAAUACAAAAGAUCAGUUUCUUUCCACAGAGAACUCCUGAGCCACCUGAAACAGAGUCUGCACGACUCGGUCACCUCCCCUACAACCACAUUUCCAGUGACUCCAGUAUCGCCAACACCAGUCAUCACUCCAGAUGCUCCACCCACCAUCAUCACCGUGCCUUCUACCACCCCAGUCACCGCAACUCCAGAGAAUCCGGCAGCACCUAUCUUAGUUGCCCCAACAAAUCCUGUUAACCCUCCUGUGCCAAUCACAAAUCCAGCCGGGACACCAAUUGCAGUCCCCGGGGCCCAGCCGGUAACUAACCCUGUGACAACAUAUCCAUCGCCACCAGGGGGUGCUCCCGUUACAACACCAGUCACAACACCCGUCACAACACCCGUCACAACACCCGUCACAAACCCCGUUGCACCUCCAGUGACUACAAAUGCACCUGCAGUCCCAGGACAGAGUUGGUGUAUAGCCAGGAGUGGAGUAUCAGAAAUUGCACUACAACAAGCACUGGAUUAUGCUUGCGGCAUCGGGGGAGCAGAUUGUUCACAAAUUCAGGAGGGCGCAAACUGUUACAAUCCGAAUUCUCUUCAGAACCACGCAUCCUAUGCUUUCAACAGCUACUAUCAAAAGAAUCCGGUGCCUACAAGCUGCGACUUUGGGGGGGUCGCCACUAUUGUUAAUGUCAAUCCUAGUGUUGGUUCUUGUAUUUACCCGACCUCUCAAUCAUCGUCUACACCAGCAACUACAACGACGACACCAACACCGACAACAGCAUCUAUGUCUCCUCCAUCGACAGGGGUGCCCAUAUCAAGCUCCGGGACUCCCCCUGCAGUGUUUAAUCCUGUCUCCGCUGGUCCCACUGGUUAUACCGUGGGAAGCCCUCUGGCCGGCAAUACAUCGAUCUCAACAUCAACUAAAUUGGAGCCUUUCCGUUACAGUGGCUGUGUUGUUUUUCUGACAACCUUAGUCGUCGCAAAAAUUAUGCUGGCGAAGUAGGACCCGAUCUUCCUGUACAACAUCCUAGGUCCCGGUUUGGUGUCACGUUCCCUGUUGCAUCAACUAUGUGCGGGCUCAACGUUGGAGCGACAAAGAGCAACUUGGUGUUGGAUCUGUGCCAUACUAAGUAAACUAGGAAAAUAUUUAAGCCUGUAAGGUUCUCAAGACAGCAUACAUGCGCUAGGCUGUCUAGUAGAGAUGCUUGUUAGUGUACACACUGUCCAAAUCAUGUAUCAUAGCUGAUAGCCGAGAUAGACCUGAUAUGAUAUAUUUUCUUUGGGGCAGUAGAAAGUAGCAGUCUAGGAAUUUAGGUCAGGGUUAGGAGAAGAUUGCUGGAUAAAUGUAGUAGCUGAUCCACACGUUUUGUUGUCUAUGCGCAUUAUGCAGCUAAGUUUGAAUCCAAUUCAAGUUCAUUGGACUGAUGUCUUAUGUAUUCACAUGAAAGCUACAAAGAUAAGAGGGAAUGAUCACUUGAAA